CUGUCUUUUCGCUAUACGCUGCGUCAGCAAAGCUAUUGCAAGAUAACACAGGAUAGAUUGGAGAAAUCAUCUCAUUACAAAAUACCAGUUCAAGCAAAGAUGAUCCGUCAUAGAGCAAGUUGAACAAGAAAAACAAACCUAGGGACGAGACACCAAGAAACAUCUUUAAAACAGGGGAAAAAAAAUCAAGAAAAAGAGAACUGAGUAAUAUAUUUUAGCUGCGAGAUCACUUACAGCCAUUGAUGGAGCAGGUGAUGCAAAGUACUGGCUGAUUUUGCUGUGGAGAUCAAAGGAUUUUAGCUUGGGGUGGGGGUCUUUUGAUUUGAAGACGUAUAGGAACCUGCUGGCAAUGUCUGACACAAUAAGUAAUCGAUUCUUACAAAGUUUACAAAAGCCAAUGAAAAAGCUAAAUUCAGUAUAAAAAAUUGAGGUAAGUAGCAGUAGUCUAGAGAGUGAAGAGAGAUGGAGAAGAAAAUAGUGGUGACUGUGAUUGCUUUUUGGCUAACGCUUUCUUUUUGGAGUGGAAGCACAAGCGUGGCUAACGACCUUUGCUCAGAAGCCAUGUCUAAAUUGCUCAACUGCCUCCCAUUCUUGACUAUUACUGCCCCAUCGCCAUCUCUUGCUUGCUGCGAAGCUGUGGGAUGGGUGAGUCAACAUGCUACCACCACACAAGACCGUAGGGACCUCUGUAAAUGCUUAAAGAGCGCAUCUCUUGCUUACAAGGUUGAUCCUACCAGAGCUAAGGAACUUCCUGAUGCGUGCAAAGUCCCUGUCCCCGUGCCCAUCUUACCCCAAAUCGACUGUGACAAGAUCCAGUCUUCCAUUGAUUAAGGAGUAGAGAUGCUUGCUUAGAAGAAUAAACUGGAAAGAUUAGUAGCGUUGUGAGACUGUGGAGAGAUUAAUGCCAUAAUAUUUAGAGCCUUUCCCUGUUAUGUGUAUGCAUGCAAUAUGAUGCAAUGUACAUAUUUUAGGGGAAGCACUG